CGCCGCCGCCGCCGCCGCAGCACCUGCCACCAUGUCGCCGCCGCCGGGUCAUGUCUGACUCUCUCUGGACCGCGCUUUCCAAUUUCUCGAUGCCCUCCUUCCCCGGCGGCAGUAUGUUCCGCCGCACCAAGAGCUGCCGCACCAGUAACCGGAAAAGCCUCAUCCUGACCAGCACUUCGCCCACGCUGCCGAGACCCCACUCCCCGCUGCCUGGCCACUUAGGUAGCAGUCCCCUGGACAGUCCCAGAAACUUCUCCCCAAAUACCCCCGCCCACUUUUCAUUUGCUUCAUCCCGAAGGGCAGACGGACGCCGCUGGUCACUGGCCUCCCUCCCCUCCUCCGGCUAUGGCACCAACACACCCAGCUCCACUGUGUCGUCCUCCUGCUCCUCCCAGGAGCGCCUGCACCAGCUCCCUUACCAGCCCACGGUGGACGAGCUGCACUUCCUGUCCAAACACUUCGGCAGCACAGAGAGCAUCACCGACGAGGAUGGUGGCCGUCGCUCCCCGGCUGUGCGGCCCAGAUCCCGGAGCCUCAGCCCCGGCCGCUCCCCAUCCUCCUAUGACAACGAGAUCGUGAUGAUGAACCAUGUGUACAAAGAGCGCUUCCCCAAGGCCACUGCACAGAUGGAGGAGAAGCUGCGGGACUUCGCCCGUGCCUAUGAACCCGACAGCGUGCUGCCGCUGGCCGACGGUGUGCUCAGCUUCAUCCACCACCAGAUCAUCGAGCUGGCCCGGGAUUGCCUGACCAAGUCCCGCGACGGCCUCAUCACCACCGUCUACUUCUAUGAGCUGCAGGAGAACCUGGAGAAGCUGCUGCAGGAUGCUUAUGAACGCUCGGAGAGCUUGGAGGUGGCCUUUGUCACACAACUGGUGAAGAAAUUACUCAUUAUCAUCUCCCGCCCGGCGAGGCUGUUGGAGUGCCUGGAAUUCAACCCGGAGGAGUUCUACCACCUUCUGGAGGCCGCUGAGGGACACGCCAAGGAGGGCCACCUGGUCAAGACCGAUAUCCCCCGCUACAUCAUCCACCAGCUGGGCCUCACCCGAGACCCAUUUCCAGAUGUGAUGCACCUGGAGGAGCAAGACAGUGGGGGCUCUAACACCCCGGAGCAGGACGACCUCUCUGAGGGCCGAAGCAGCACCUCUAAAGCCAAGAAACCCCCUGGAGAGAGCGACUUUGACACCAUCAAGCUCAUCAGCAAUGGCGCCUACGGCGCUGUCUACCUGGUGCGGCAUCGCGACACCCGGCAGCGCUUUGCCAUGAAGAAGAUCAACAAGCAGAACCUGAUCCUGCGCAACCAGAUCCAGCAGGCCUUUGUGGAGCGCGACAUCCUCACCUUCGCCGAGAACCCCUUCGUGGUGGGCAUGCUCUGCUCCUUCGAGACGCGCCGCCACCUCUGCAUGGUCAUGGAGUAUGUGGAAGGCGGUGACUGUGCCACACUCCUAAAGAACAUCGGGGCGCUACCUGUGGAAAUGGCCCGGAUGUACUUCGCAGAGACAGUGUUGGCACUUGAGUACUUGCACAAUUACGGCAUUGUCCAUCGUGAUCUCAAGCCGGACAAUCUCCUCAUCACCUCCAUGGGUCACAUAAAGCUCACAGAUUUUGGCCUUUCCAAGAUGGGGCUCAUGAGUCUCACCACCAACUUGUACGAAGGUCACAUUGAGAAGGAUGCCCGCGAGUUCCUGGAUAAACAGGUCUGUGGGACCCCAGAGUACAUCGCACCCGAAGUCAUCCUGCGCCAGGGUUACGGCAAGCCUGUCGACUGGUGGGCCAUGGGGAUCAUCCUGUACGAGUUUCUAGUAGGCUGUGUACCCUUCUUUGGGGACACCCCAGAAGAGCUCUUCGGACAAGUCAUCAGUGAUGACAUCCUGUGGCCAGAGGGAGAUGAGGCCCUGCCCACAGAUGCCCAGCUCCUGAUAUCCAGCCUCCUGCAGACCAACCCUCUAGUCCGGCUCGGGGCAGGUGGCGCCUUUGAGGUGAAACAGCACAGUUUCUUUCGGGACUUGGACUGGACAGGGCUACUGAGGCAGAAGGCGGAGUUCAUUCCCCACCUAGAAUCAGAAGAUGACACCAGCUACUUUGACACCCGCUCGGACAGGUACCACCACGUGAACUCCUACGAUGAGGAUGACACGACGGAGGAGGAGCCUGUGGAGAUCCGCCAGUUCUCCUCCUGCUCCCCACGCUUCAGCAAGGUGUAUAGCAGCAUGGAACAGCUGUCGCAGCAUGAACCCAAGACCCCCGUAGCAGCAGCCGGGGUUAGCAAGAGGGAGCCAAGCGCCAAGGGCCUAGAGGAGAAGGUGCCGGGCAAGCGGGAGGGCCUGGGCGGCCUGACCCUGCGUGAGAAGACCUGGAGAGGGGGCUCCCCGGAGAUCAAGCGCUUCUCGGCUUCGGAGGCCAGUUUCUUGGAGGGGGAGGCGAGUCCUCCACUGGGCGCUCGCCGGCGUUUCUCGGCGCUGCUGGAGCCCAGCCGCUUCAGCGCCCCCCAAGAGGACGAGGACGAGGCCCGGCUCCGCAGGCCCCCUCGGCCUAGCUCUGAUCCCCCAGGCUCGCUGGAUACCCGGACCUCCAAAGAGACAGCUCAAGGAGAAAGCGCCCCCGGCGCAGGGGACGCGGAGGCCACGGAGCAUCCACGCCCAGGCGACCUCUGCCCACCCUCGAAGGAUGGGGACGCAUCUGGCCCCAGGGCCACCAACGACCUGGUUCUGCGCCGGGCGCGGCACCAGCAGUUGUCUGGGGAUCCCACCGUAGAGAAACGGCCUUCCCGAACUGGGGGCAAAGUCAUCAAGUCGGCCUCAGCCACAGCCUUGUCCGUCAUGAUUCCGGCAGUGGAUCCGCAUGGAAGCUCACCGCUAGCUAGUCCCAUGUCCCCACGAUCCCUCUCCUCCAACCCGUCUUCACGGGACUCCUCACCCAGCCGGGACUACUCACCGGCUGUCAGUGGACUCCGCUCUCCCAUCACCAUCCAACGCUCAGGCAAGAAGUACGGCUUCACACUGCGCGCCAUCCGCGUCUAUAUGGGUGACUCCGAUGUCUACAGUGUCCACCACAUAGUUUGGCACGUGGAGGAAGGGGGCCCAGCCCAAGAGGCGGGGCUGUGUGCUGGGGACCUGAUCACCCACGUGAACGGAGAGCCUGUGCAUGGUAUGGUGCACCCUGAGGUCGUAGAGCUGAUCCUUAAGAGCGGCAACAAGGUGGCAGUAACCACAACACCCUUUGAAAAUACCUCCAUCCGCAUUGGUCCAGCGAGACGCAGCAGCUACAAGGCCAAAAUGGCCCGGAGGAACAAGCGGCCCUCAGCCAAGGAGGGCCAGGAGAGCAAGAAGCGCAGCUCGCUCUUCCGGAAGAUCACGAAGCAGUCGAACCUGCUGCACACCAGCCGCUCGCUGUCGUCGCUGAACCGCUCACUGUCGUCCAGCGACAGUCUCCCAGGCUCGCCCACCCACGGGCUGCCGGCGCGCUCGCCCACUCACAGCUACCGCUCCACACCGGAUUCGGCCUACCUAGGCGCCUCGUCCCAGAGCAGCUCGCCGGCCUCCAGCACCCCGAACUCGCCAGCGUCCUCGGCAUCGCACCACAUCCGGCCCAGCACGCUGCAUGGGCUGUCGCCGAAGCUCCACCGCCAGUACCGCUCGGCGCGCUGCAAGUCGGCCGGCAACAUCCCACUGUCGCCGCUGGCCCACACGCCGUCCCCCACGCAGGCGUCGCCGCCGCCGCUGCCCGGCCACACGGUCGGCAGCUCCCACACCACGCAGAGCUUCCCGGCCAAGCUCCACUCGUCGCCCCCCGUCGUGCGCCCGCGUCCCAAGAGCGCCGAACCCCCGCGAUCGCCGCUCCUCAAGCGCGUGCAGUCGGCCGAGAAGCUGGGCGCCUCUCUGGGCGCUGACAAGAAAGGUGCGCUGCGUAAGCACAGCCUCGAGGUGGGCCACCCGGAUUUCCGCAAGGACUUCCACGGUGAGCUGGCGCUGCACAGCCUUGCCGAGUCCGACGGCGAGACGCCGCCCAUCGAAGGUCCAGGUGCCACCCGACAGGUCGCAGUCCGCCGCCUGGGUCGCCAGGAGUCGCCCCUGAGCCUGGGUACGGACCCACUGCUGCCCGACAGCGCUCCCAGGCUGCCAGUGUCCAGCAAGGAGAAGGAAUCUUCCGGCGGCACCGACGCCUGCACCCCACCCCGGGUGACAACUCCUGGGGGCCGGACCCUGGAGCGGGACCCCAGCUGCACGCGACACCAGAGCGUGCAGACAGAGGAGGGUGCAGGUGGAGUGGCCAGGGCGGUGGCCAAGGCUGCGCUGAGCCCUGUGCAGGAACAUGAGACGGGCAGGCGCAGUAGCUCGGGCGAGGCUAGCAACCCCCCAGUGCCCAUCGUUGUCGAGCCUGCUCGGCCAGGCGUCAAGGCAGAAAUGUCCCAGGCUCUGUGCACGAACUCCAAGGUAUUACAGGAACCUGCACCCCAGGUGCCUCUGGCACCCGAGGCCCCGAGAGGCCGGGAGCGCUGGGUGCUGGAGGUGGUGGAGGAGCGGACCACACUGAGCGGGCCGCGUUCCAAGCCCACUUCCCCCAAGCUCUCCCCAGAUCCCCAGAGCCCUACCCCAGCCCCAACAAAGAAUGCACCUGGUAGCACAGGCCCCGUAGCCCCAGCCACUUCUCUCCUGGUCCCAGGCACUAAGCCUGAAGUAGGGCUCACCUCCUCCAAGUGCCCUACUGAAGCUUUGAAGCCGGCAGCCCUGACCAAAAAAGGGGCGUCAAGUCCCGCAUCCCCAGGCCCAUAGCCGAGCAGGCCGUUGGUCCUGUGUUGUACAGCCGCCUGUAUACAUAUGUACACAUAUAAAUAAAGUGCGUCUGUGCUG